AUGAAAGAAUACACACUCCUUCUCUUCUUGGCUUUGUGCUCUGCCAAAUCUCUCACUGGUCCUUCAUAUUUUACACUGAAGAAUAUGAUGCUCCAAGAUAUGGAAGACGACGACGAUGAUGACGAUGAUGACAAUUCUCUAUUUCCAACCACUGAACCCAUUCUACCACUGAUUCCUUUUGAUCUGUUCCCAACAUGCCCCUUUGGAUGCCAGUGCUAUGUGAGAGUUGUCCACUGCUCUGACCUAGGUUUGACAUCAAUUCCUCGCAACAUCCCACCAGAUACUCGGAUGAUUGAUCUUCAAAACAACAAAAUCAAAGAGGUCAAGGAGAAUGAUCUCCAAGGACUCACAUCACUUUAUGCACUGGCUUUGAACAACAAUAAAAUUUACAAGAUCCAUCCCAAAGCCUUUCAACCAACAAAGAGGCUACGACGACUGUAUUUGUCCCACAAUCAACUGACAGAGAUUCCAACAAAUCUACCCAGAACUCUGGCAGAGCUCAGAAUUCAUGCUAAUAAGGUUAAGAAAAUCCCCAAGGAUGUAUUUAAAGGAAUGAAGUCUCUACAUGUUUUAGAAAUGAGUGCAAAUCCUCUUAACAACGAUGGAAUAGAGCCAGGGGCUUUUGAAGGGGUGAAUAUCUACCACAUACGAAUUGCAGAGGCCAAGUUAACUUCAAUUCCUAAAGGUUUGCCCUCCAGUCUUCUGGAGCUUCACUUAGAUGACAAUAAGAUCACAGGAAUUGAAGUUGAGGACUUUAACCGGUACAAAGACCUACAAAGGCUAGGCCUUGGCAAUAAUAAAAUCAAAGAAGUGGAAAAUGGAAGUUUUGCCAACAUCCCAAGUAUACGUGAAAUCCACCUGGAAAAAAACAAGCUGAAGAAGGUUCCUCCUGGAUUACCUGAACUGAAAUAUCUGCAGGUGGUUUUCCUGCAUUCCAACCACAUUGCCAAGCUGGGAGUGAACGAUUUCUGUCCAACAGGACGGAGGAAGAAGAAAGCCCUGUACAGCGGCAUCAGCCUCUUCAACAACCCCGUCAAGUACUGGGAGGUGCAGCCUUCCACCUUCCGCUGCAUUUUGGCCAGGAACAGCGUCCAACUGGGCAACUUCCUCAAGUGA